AAGUCUGUGAGACGGAGCGGGAGCGUGCGUCGAAGGCCCGUUUCCGUUUUUGUCGUGCGUUUCCAGCCUCGGGCGGUCCACGGGGAGGGUCCCUCGGCCAGGACACAUGGAUGCGCACCCACCGAGCCUCAUGAGCCUAAGGGGCUUGGUGACUGUCUCACCUAACCCUGUGGUGCAUGUGCCUGGGACAACCGUGAGGUGGAGCCAGAAUGGGGCUGGCACCCAGGGUUCCCUGGGGUGCUGGUGUAUGUCUUUUUAGGAGGCUGUGACGUUCGGUGAUGUGGCUGUACACUUCUCGAGAGAGGAGUGGCAGUGUCUGGACCCUGGCCAGAGGGCCCUCUACAAGGAGGUAAUGCUGGAGAACCACAGCAGUGUGGCCGGACUAGCAGGAUUCCUGGUCUUCAAGCCUGAGCUGAUCUCCCGGCUGGAGCAGGGGCAGGAGCCAUGGGUCCUUGACCUGAAGGGAGUCGAGGGGAGAGAGGGGGCAAGAACCUUCCUUACAGAUUCUGCGGUUGGGAUUGCAAGCGAGCAGGCCUGUGAGGACAUGGAUGUUCUAAAAUCAGAACCCUGUGUGGCAAUGGUCAGAAGCCCCCCACAGGGUUUUCUUCAGAGUUCUAGCUUUAGAGACACCUCUGAUUCUGAGGCCUGGUCAGAGAGUAAGCCAAGCUCCCUCCUCCAGAAAAACCGCUCAAACACAGAGACUGUGGCUCCCAGGAAGACCUUUGCCAAGGAGGGUGCCCAGGGGUGUGGUGAGCUGGAGAGCAGUGGUGGCCUGGGUGGUCAGCCUGGCAAAAGUCAGGGAGGUGCUGUAGAAGGGACAUCCCGAAGAUGUGACACGUGUGGCCCAAGUUUCAGAUCUACAUCAGACACUGCUUUGCAUCAAGACGUUAAUACGCAGAAGAAACCUAACAGAUGUCCAGAGUGCAAAAAAAAGUUACCUGAUUGUUUACAGGGGAAACAUGGAAGUAACUGCCAUGGAGAGAAGCCGUAUGAAUGUGAGGAGUGUGGGAAAGUCUUCAGGUUGUGCUCACAGCUUAAUCAGCAUCAGAGAAUCCACACUGGAGAAAAGCCAUUCAAAUGCAUUGAGUGUGGAAAAGCCUUUCGUCUGAGCUCAAAACUUAUUCAGCAUCAAAGAAUUCAUACUGGAGAGAAGCCCUACAGGUGUGAGGAGUGUGGAAAGGCCUUUGGUCAGAGCUCCAGCCUCAUCCACCACCAGAGGGUCCACACGGGAGAGAGGCCCUAUGGCUGUCGGGAGUGUGGGAAGGCCUUCAGCCAGCAGUCCCAGCUGGUCAGACACCAGAGGACCCACACCGGAGAGAGGCCCUACCAGUGCCAGGAGUGUGGGAAGGCCUUCAGCCAGAGCUCAACGCUGGCUCAGCACCAGCGAAUGCAUGCUGGGGACAAACCUCAACUUCCAAGGAACCCAGAUAGUCCCAGCCUUGUUGGACAUCAGAGAACCCACGCUACAGAGAAACCGUUUAAGUGUGACGAAUGUGGGAAGGCCUUCAGGUGGGUGUCUCGCCUUAGUCAGCACCAGCUGACCCACACUGGAGAGAAACCUUAUAAAUGCAACAAGUGUGCAAAAGCCUUUGGUUGUAGCUCACGGCUUAUACGUCACCAGAGAACUCACACUGGAGAAAAACCAUUUAAAUGUGAGGAGUGUGGGAAAGGCUUUGUCCAGGGCUCACACCUAAUUCAGCACCAGAGAAUUCACACUGGAGAGAAGCCCUAUGAGUGUAGUGACUGUGGAAAAGCCUUCAGCCAGAGCUCAAGCCUCAUUUACCAUCAGAGAAUCCAUAAGGGAGAGAAGCCCUAUGAGUGCCUCGAAUGUGGAAAAGCUUUCAGUAUGAGCACACAGCUCACGAUACAUCAAAGGGUCCACACUGGGGAGAGACCCUACAAGUGUACCGAGUGUGGGAAAGCCUUCAGUCAAAACUCAACCCUUUUCCAGCACCAGAUAAUUCAUGCAGGAGUGAAGCCCUACGGAUGCAGUGAGUGUGGGAAAGCCUUCAGUCGGAGCUCCUACCUUAUCGAACACCAGAGGAUCCAUACCCGGGCCCAGUGGUAUCACGAGUAUGGGAAUACCUUGGAAACUUCCACCCACGUGAGCCGUAGAAAAGUCAACACUGUAAAGAAACUGCAUAAAUGUAAUGAAUGUGAGAAAAUAUUCAGGUGGCGCUCACAUCUCAUUAUACAUCAGAGAAUUCACACUGGAGAGAAACCUUACAAAUGUAACGAAUGUGGCAAAGCUUUUAAUCGGAGCUCAAGGCUUACUCAACAUCAGAAAAUUCACAUGGGAUAGACCACUUACCUUUAUAAAUGUGUAUAAAUGUGAAUAAACCUACAGCCUUAACUUUACGUAUUUUAUAUGGGAUCAUUUAUACUGACAAGAUUUUACAAUGUGGGGAUAGAUUCCAAGUUUCUCUCUUAAGAAAGAAAAUGUCCAAAUUCUUAUAAAGUGGAUGUUCCUUUGCUGGAACGUGUGACUUAGCCCACUCCGCAAAGCCUGUGUCCUUCAAGUCAGGGUGCACCUGUGUAGAGUUUCGAGUUGAGUCAUGGGAAAAGGCCUGUGAGCUUUGCCAGACAGGUAGCUUAGAAGUUACCCAAAGUGUCUUCCCUGAGCACGGUCCCUCAGACUGGCUUCAGCAGUCAGGGUGUGUUAGCUCAUGCUAGUGGAAGCCCAGAGAAGGAGGCCCAGAACUCCUUUCUCCCACCUUCACCUGACUCCUUUUCUUCCGAGUCAGCCCCACCAGAGCGACCCAGGGAUACAGCCAGAGGGCCUGGUGCCAGCCUCUUCAGAGAGGAGCUCAUAUCAGUGCAGGACUCCAGGAAUAGCACCCGGGCCCAGAGACCUGCUCUGUGACUCUGGGGUGUCACUAUCCUUGAAAUCCAGAGUCUGCUUACCAGCAUCGUUAUAGGGUGACCGUAAGAAUUGAACUGUGUACGAGAGCUUCCCCCCUCCCACACCGAGACCCUGAGCCAGCAUCUCCAGCCAAACCCAGUGCAGACCUGGCCUCAGCAGGAAGAGCUCAGGAGAGCCCAGCGGAUGCCACCCAGAGGCCAGGGUGUGUACUGUUCCUGCUGCUUACCAGACUUCUCAGAAUUUGUCCUGCCACACAAACUGCCAGAACUGGGCGGGUUUGAAGCUGACAGGUGAGCCUGUUGUUGCCUUUUCCCAGAGGCUGAUGGAGGUGGAGACAGACUGCUCACCAGUAGCAUGAGGCUAACCACAGUGUGGAUAGUGGCCCUGCCCUAGGGUCCUGGACUCACCAACUGUGAAAAAGUUCGAGGGGACCAGAAGUCUUAGACUGACUACUACCCAGUACCACUCACUCGAGACCUGUCCAUCUUUGGUGUCAUUGCCAGUUACCACAAGGGCAAAAUUUGGGCCAAAGAACCCUCCUCCCCAUCGCGGUGGAGAGGCCCAUUGCUCCCACAUACAGAAAGGUCACCCAGAGGGACGCAGGUCAGUCACUUUGGGGUUUAUGGCAACACCUGAUUUGGGUCACCAUCACACCGGUCUGGCCAAGCCUGUGGGCAGGUCCCUGAGACACAGCCUGAUGGCCCAGUGUCGUAAGCCCAAUAGCAGGUUUUGGAUUUGUAUCAGGUGAAAAAAGGGCUGGCUGGUCCCUGUGUUUGCACUAGGAGGUUCCCAGUGGCAUUGGGAACAGCAGAGUUUGGGAUGGUCAAGUCUGUGUCGGUUUCUGUGUUUCUAGCACACCAGCCACUGCUGCUUUGCCAGGCACAACGUGUGAUGUGUUCUCAGGCCACAGUGCUAGUUCUUGGGGUGAAGAUCGUGCCCCCAGCCUGUACCUGCACCUUUGGAGGUGUCCCCUCUCCAGGUGCCAGGACACUGUGAAAUCAUUGUGCCCAUUUCAGUAGCUAUAACCGCCUCUCCAGCUGUCCCUACUUCACCCAGAAUUUAUGUCCAAAAGGAUCAGUGCAAGAGAACCAGGGACUGUGGGCCCACAUGCCUUCGGAAGGCAGUUUGGUCACUGACAGUGCCGUCCCCAGAAGGGAAUCCUCUCUCUGCCACUUCCUGGGUGGUGAUAGGACAGAGGAUGGGCGGUUCCAUGAAAGUCUUCCAGAUUCCAGCUUGGGCGUGAUGCUGUCCUCUAACACCAGCUCCAGGCCAGCCAGAGAGGGCCAGAGGGCUCCACCUAAGUCAUCUCUGGCACUUGGAUUCUUUCUUUGGAUUGACGUGGUCCUAGAUCAGGGGCUGGCAAACGGUGGCCUGUGAACAUAAACACAGAGGCCGUUAGACUGGGUGGCUCUGAUGCCUUGGUGGCUACACAGGAGACCAAAGUCUGAGCCAGAGCCGAUUCCUGUAAGUGCACUCAACUGAGGAACAUUUAAGAAAAACCAGUCACAGCCAUAAGCAGUCUUCUUUGUGAAGACCUUUCGCCUGUCUCCUGUCAGCACAGAACUCUGAUUUUUCAGGUGGGUGCUACCGGGUUCCAGUGGUUUGCUCAAAUAAACUCUUCAAAACGUUGAUGCACUUCAGUUUACCUCUUAAAAGGCUUAAAAGCUAAGAAGGGUUUUUACAUUUUUAAGUGGGGGGAAAAAGCCUAUUUUGUGACAUUGGAAAAUUAUAUUGAAAUCAGAUUUCAGUAUGACCAAAUAAAGUUUAUUGGAACAGAGGUGGCCACUCUUGUACGACACCAGCAAAGUUCACACCUGCUGGCCUUGCCUUGUUCACUUGAGUAAAAACUCCAUGCCCUCCAACCUUUGAGGAAUUUAUUUUUCCUCUCAGUUCUUAGUGUGGUUUGUUCCCUUAAAUGUCCCAACACAACAAGAAUUCAAUAGAAAUAACCCUAAAGUCCUACAUUGCAGUCCAGAGCCUCAGUUGCAGAAGUGGAGGGCGAGCGGUCCUUUCUGAGCUGCAUCCACGUGAAAGAGAAGCAUCGUACUGGCCUGCUUGGCAAGACUGUGAAAUCAAAAUGCUUCAGCACUUGAAAUGCACGGGCUUGAGAUCCCAGGACGGGCAUCUGCGCGCAUCACGCAUGCUGGUGGCUCUUUGCAGAGGGGGAGCAGACGAGGGCCACCUGUUAGGGUAGUGCGAGCUUUGGGAUGGCGCAUUCUGCUUUCAAGCUGUAUCUCCCAACUUGGGCUUCAGGGAAUAAAACAAACAUUGUUAAGACUAUCCAGAACUCUGUUUCAGAGUAGAUAACUAUCUUGGAUCUCUCUGUUGGAGCCAAUAAACCCAUAAUUUUGACCUA